AUGAGCGAGACAAGUGAGCUUUCCCUCGAGGAAGUCAACACAUGGAAGGUGGACGCUCUCAAGUUAUUUUGCCGUAAACGAAAUCUUAAAACUUCUGGAGCUAAAGCUGAACUUGUAGCCCGUGUGUUUGCAGCAUCAGAGAUGGGAAUCCAAGUACAAGCAUCGGCUAAAGAACUAAUGUGCAUCACGGAGUCUGAGAGAGCGAAGCUAUUGUUUACUCCUGAGGGCAGCAAGCUUCCCGAUCCUCUUGGGCUAAAGGACGGAUGGAUUGAUGAAAAAGAUGGGCUAACAUCAUGGCCUCCUAUAUUUCUAAGUGACAUUACGAAAUAUCUGAUGGCUGAUCAUCCUGGAAAGGAUAUUAAACUGCACGAACGGGUCAUGAAUGAGUACAAAGAGGGGAAAGCAUACCGCUUAUUUGACUCGGGCUUUCUGAAAGAAGUUUUCUACCAUGAACUAGAAAAUAUGGAUUUUUGCUUCUUGAAAGCAAAAUGUACGCAUUCGAUGAAGGUUGGUGAUACACCACAUACAUCAUGGAUUUGUUCAAGAAAAAAUGGAGAGAUUAUCAGUGCCUACUGUACCUGUACUGCUGGUAUGAGUGGUGCUUGUAUUCAUGUGAUGGCACUGCUGUUCAGAAUUGAAGCAGCAAACCGUAAUGGUAUGACAAAUCCUGCAUGUACGUCCAAAGAGUGUGUGUGGAAUGUUCCAAUAGGAAACAAGACUGUAAUCAAGCCCUCUAGAAUUUGUGAUAUGGAGUGGAAGGCUUCAAAGCUAAAUAAAGAGACGACCAGACCUGCCAUCGAUAGUCGCCGAAAGUUAUUCAAUUCACAUGAAGAGUUGAAGCCCCUGACUCCAAAAGGAAAGAGGAAGUCGUUUUAUAAUAAUUUGAAGGACUUGUUGCCAGAAUCGGCAUUCAUCAAAUUAGCAACGGCUGAGUUUGAGGAACCGUGUUCAACUUCCGUUACAAUAGAAAUUAAUACUGAAGUACCUGAAUGUGUAAUGCCUAAGUCAUCAAAGAAAGACUUAA